GGCGGUGGCCGGCCGGGGAGGCGGCCUCGGCGCACAGUAAUGGCAGCGCUGUGAGCCGGGGAACGCGAGCUGACAGCCGCCGCCGCCGCCCACCCUCCGAGCCGGGGGCUUCGUCCUUCACGCCUGCGGGUUGCCUCCCUCCCCGGGCCCCUCCCCUCGUCCUGCUUCUGCAGAAGGUUUCAACACUAAACUUGCACAAUGUCUUUAAAACCAAGAGUAGUGGAUUUUGAUGAGACAUGGAACAAACUCCUAACUACAAUCAAAGCUGUUGUUAUGUUGGAAUAUGUCGAGCGAGCAACAUGGAAUGACCGCUUCUCAGAUAUUUAUGCUUUAUGUGUGGCCUAUCCUGAACCACUUGGAGAAAGACUUUAUGCAGAAACAAAGAUUUUUUUGGAAAAUCACGUUCGGCAUUUGUAUAAGAGAGUUCUGGAGUCUGAAGAACAAGUGCUUGUUAUGUAUCAUAGGUACUGGGAAGAGUACAGCAAGGGCGCCGACUAUAUGGACUGCUUAUAUCGGUAUCUCAAUACCCAGUAUAUUAAAAAGAAUAAAUUGACAGAAGCUGAUAUACAAUAUGGCUAUGGUGGAGUAGAUAUGAAUGAACCACUUAUGGAAAUAGGAGAGCUAGCAUUGGAUAUGUGGAGGAAGUUAAUGGUUGAACCCCUUCAGAACAUCCUUAUCCGGAUGCUGCUUCGAGAAAUUAAAAAUGAUCGUGGUGGUGAAGACCCAAACCAGAAAGUAAUCCAUGGGGUUAUUAACUCCUUUGUUCAUGUUGAACAGUAUAAGAAAAAAUUUCCCUUAAAGUUUUAUCAGGGAAUAUUUGUGUCUCCCUUUCUGACUGAAACGGGAGAAUAUUACAAGCAAGAAGCUUCAAAUUUAUUACAAGAAUCAAAUUGUUCACAGUAUAUGGAAAAGGUUCUAGGUAGAUUAAAAGAUGAAGAAAUUAGAUGUCGAAAAUAUUUGCAUCCAAGUUCAUAUACUAAAGUGAUUCAUGAGUGUCAGCAGCGGAUGGUAGCAGACCACUUACAAUUCUUACAUUCGGAGUGCCACAGCAUCAUUCGGCAAGAGAGGAAGAAUGACAUGGCAAAUAUGUACGUCUUACUCCGUGCUGUGUCCAGUGGUUUACCUCAUAUGAUUGAGGAGCUGCAGAAACACAUCCAUGACGAGGGCCUCAGAGCGACCAGUAACCUUACUCAGGAACAUAUGCCAACACUAUUUGUGGAAUCAGUUUUGGAAGUACAUGGUAAAUUCGUUCAACUUAUCAACACUGUUUUGAAUGGUGAUCAGCAUUUUAUGAGUGCUUUAGAUAAGGCCCUUACAUCUGUUGUAAAUUACAGAGAACCCAAGUCUGUGUGCAAAGCGCCUGAACUGCUUGCUAAGUACUGUGACAACUUGCUAAAGAAGUCAGCGAAGGGGAUGACUGAAAAUGAAGUGGAGGACAAGCUCACUAGCUUCAUCACAGUUUUCAAGUACAUUGAUGACAAGGAUGUCUUUCAGAAGUUCUAUGCAAGAAUGCUAGCAAAACGUCUAAUUCACGGGUUGUCUAUGUCUAUGGAUUCUGAAGAAGCCAUGAUCAAUAAAUUAAAGCAAGCCUGUGGUUAUGAGUUUACCAGCAAGCUGCAUCGAAUGUACACAGACAUGAGUGUCAGUGCUGAUUUGAACAAUAAGUUCAACAAUUUCAUCAGAAACCAAGACACCGUGAUUGAUUUGGGGAUUAGUUUCCAAAUAUAUGUCCUUCAGGCUGGUGCAUGGCCUCUCACUCAGGCUCCCUCAUCUACAUUUGCAAUCCCCCAAGAGUUAGAGAAAAGUGUGCAGAUGUUUGAAUUGUUUUAUAGCCAGCAUUUCAGUGGAAGGAAACUGACAUGGUUACAUUAUCUCUGUACAGGUGAAGUUAAAAUGAACUAUUUGGGAAAACCAUAUGUAGCUAUGGUUACAACCUACCAAAUGGCAGUUCUUCUUGCCUUUAACAACAGUGAAACUGUCAGCUACAAAGAACUUCAAGACAGUACCCAGAUGAAUGAAAAGGAGCUGACCAAAACAAUCAAAUCAUUACUUGAUGUGAAAAUGAUUAACCAUGAUUCAGAAAAGGAAGAUAUCGAUGCAGAAUCUUCAUUUUCAUUAAAUAUGAGCUUCAGCAGUAAGAGAACAAAAUUUAAGAUUACUACAUCAAUGCAGAAGGAUACGCCACAAGAACUGGAACAGACUAGAAGUGCUGUAGAUGAGGACCGGAAAAUGUAUCUUCAAGCUGCUAUUGUCCGCAUCAUGAAAGCACGCAAGGUGCUUCGGCACAACGCCCUUAUUCAAGAGGUAAUCAGCCAGUCAAGAGCCAGGUUCAAUCCCAGUAUCAGCAUGAUUAAGAAGUGCAUAGAAGUUCUGAUAGACAAGCAGUACAUCGAGCGCAGCCAAACAUCUGCAGAUGAAUACAGUUAUGUCGCGUGACACCUCCUGGUGCAGGUGUGAGGUCAUUGCCAUCCCCAUUUGGCGAGCUCCUGUGGGAGAAAGCAGGCCUGUGCCUCCAUACUUUGGUCGUCUGGCAGCCCCUGUUUUUCUGCUGUUUACAACAUCACCAGUGCCACGUCAUGAGCGUCAGAGAAAAAUGCCUAGAGAUAUUUCAAGCUCAUGUCAUUAUGACGUUUCUUAAAACUUUAUUAAAAGAAUGAGUGAAGUAUUGCUGAAAUGUGGAAUUUGGUUGGGUACCAUGCUUUCUCCCCUUCACGUUUGCAGUUGAUGUGUUUUUUUUUUUUUUUUUUUAAUGUAUCUUAAAGGACAAAAAAUAAAAACUUAAAUAUUGUAAUAUGACAGAUAACCUAAUAAUUGUAUCUACAUUAAAAUGACAAACAUGAUGUUGCUGCUUGUCAAAUAAAAAAAAGAUAAAUAAG